GGGUCUCUCCCUUCCUCGACCACCGCUUUUCGAGCGCCAAUAUGGGUAAAGGCUACAACGCCGCCAUUGCCGCCAACCCCUAUGUCGUCGGGUCGUUCGCAUGUAUCGGCGGUGGAUUGUUUGGUCUGGACAUCUCGUCCAUGUCCGGAGUCCUGAACAAUGACGCCUACCUCAGGACCUUCCACCAUCCGGGUUCCAACGCUCAAGGCGCUAUUGUCGCAUCUAUGCCUGCUGGCUCCUUCGUUGGUGCCCUCCUGGUCAGUUGGUUGGCUGAUAGAAUUGGACGCAAGAAUACUGUCAUUACCUCCGGCUGGAUUUGGGUUGUCGGCAGUAUUCUCCAGUGUGCCGCACAGAACCGUGGUAUGCUGGUGGUGGGUCGUAUCAUCUCCGGUCUGUCAGUUGGUCUUGCCUCGUCGGUCGUUCCCCUGUACCAAUCCGAAAUUACCCCUCCCGCCAUCCGCGGUCGUCUUGUGUCGAUGCAACAAUGGGCCAUCACAUGGGGCAUCCUACUGCAAUACUUUGUCCAGUUCGGCUGCUCCUACAUCGACGGUGUCGCCUCCUUCCGCAUCCCCUGGGGUCUCCAAAUGAUCCCUGCCAUCAUCCUCUCUCUCGGUAUGCUCUUCUUCCCGGAGAGUCCCCGUUGGCUCAUGGACAAGGGUCGCGAGGACGAGGCAUUGCAGGUCCUCGCAGACCUACACGGUAACGGCGACAAGAACAAUGAGCUCGUCGUACUCGAGUACGAGGAGAUCCGGGCGCAGGUGUACUUCGAGCGCACGGAGGGCGCACGCUCGUACCUUGACCUGAUCAAGCCUGGUGUCCUCCGCCGGGUGUCGCUCGGCUGUUCGAUGCAGAUGUGGUCGCAGCUGUCGGGUAUGAACGUCAUGAUGUACUACAUCGUCUACGUGUUCCAGGGCGCAGGCCUCACCGGGCGCCGCGCGAAUCUCAUCGCCGACUCCGUCCAGUACGUCCUCAACGUGGCACUUACCAUUCCCGCGAUCUUGUACAUCGACCGGUGGGGUCGCCGCCCGCUCCUCAUUGCCGGUAGUGCUUUGAUGGGCUUCUGGUUCAUGCUUGUUGGCGGUCUCCAGGGCCGCUUUGGUGCUUGGGGAGACGUUGACGGCACGGAGACUUGGGUCAUUACGGGCCACGAUGCCGCGACCAAGGGUAUCAUUGUCUGCUCCUACCUCUGCGUGUGCAGCUUCGCCAUCUCCAUCGGCCCCGUCUCAUGGACCUACCCCGCUGAAAUCUUCCCGCUGCGUGUGCGCGCGAAGGCCGUCUCAAUCUCCACCGCCACCAACUGGGCGUUCAACUUCGCGCUCGCAUGGGCCGUCCCGCCCGGGCUGAGCAACAUCGCGUACAAGACGUACUUCAUCUUCGGCGCGUUCGACUUUGCCGCAUGCAUCCACUUCUUCUUCUGCUUCCCCGAGACGGCCGGGCGGUCUCUUGAGGAGGUCGAGGAGAUCUUCGCCCAGGGCCACGCCUUCACCGCCUGGAAGAUUGGGAGGGACGUCGGGAAGAAGACGGUGGAGGAUGCGAAGAAACAGGUCAAGGAACUUGAGCUGCACGAACACAUUGACGAAAAGGUUUCGGACGUAUAAUAUAGCUCCGUCCCUCUUUCUUUCCGGCGCUUCUCUCUCCAUACCCUCUACUGUGAUGUAUUGCGACAUGCCUUCCCUCGUUGUAGUGCUUUGAAGUAAUAAAUUCUUAUUUCUUGGGAUCGAUUAUUC